AAUAAAAUAUAUUAUAAGAGAUUAUAUAGUAGAUUUGACGCGUUUAUCAAAGAAAAAAUCUUUAUUAUCCUUUUUCGUCGUUCUCGUACUUUCGUGACUGUCGGAUACCGUUUGACAGAAACAAUGACUACUGAAAUUGAAAAUUACUUGAACUUCGACAAUAUAGACAAUGAUUAUAAGCUAGAUAUUGGUAUUGAACAGCUACUGCUGCCUCAGCAGCCUAGCUUCGACAUCGAGCAACAAUCAGGCAACCAAUCUGCUAUAGCUUCAACUUCACAGCAUCCAGAGCAAGAAGCUAAAGCUAUUGAUACAAAUGAGCUCACUACUCAGGUGAAGAAAGAGGAAGAAGAACCGUUUGUUGAACAACAACCACAGUUGACCGUUGAGGACGCAGACGAGCACUCUUCGGACACCAACAGUGUACCUUCGACUGGCUCUAUUAGACAAUCUAAGCGCAAACGCACUCAAAAGGAUGUCAAUAUCACCUCCGCCGCGGCUGAAGCUAAUCUAAGCCCUCAGGAGUACAACAAAUUGUCUUCAAAGGAAAAGAGACAACUUCGUAAUAAAAUUUCCGCUAGAGCUUUCAGACUGCGUAGAAAAGAUUACAUUGAACAGCUUGAAUCUCAGUUAAAUUCCAGAGACGAGUUGAUUGAACAACUACAGUCCGAUCUCAAGGAUAGCAAAACUGAAUCAAACGAUCUAAGAAAGGAAAUACAAUCUCUCAAGCUUAAAUUUGAUCAAUUGUCAACCUCCGCAUCUGGGUCAAGCUCACUUCCACUUGCAAAUACUAACAAGGAUCUCGGAUUAUUUGGUAACACACCAGCAACUCCACCAAUUAGUAGCAAUUUCAUGUCCGUUUAUACAACUCUCAUGCCUGAAACUAAUAUCAAAGAUAUCUACAAUUAUUCAUCACAUCAAAUUUCACAACCACCACCUGCAUACACACCUUCAAACGAUUUGCCACCUUCUUACGCACAAUCAACCUGUCAAACUGCUAGCAAUCUACUCAAUUCAUUUAUCAUUGAUUCAAAGAAAGCACCAAAGCAUCAUCACGAUAUUUCAUCUUCAUUUGCAAACUGUUUAAAGAUUUAAG